AUGGAGUACCAGAUGUGUGUGUCGCUGGGCAUGGGCGGCUACUGCGACUGCGGCGACUCGGAGGCCUGGAAGCGGGACCCGUGCUGCGCGGCUCACCAUCCGGCGGCCGGGCCGCAGCCAGCCGCCGCCGCCCGGCCGGAGCUGGCCGGCAAGGCGGCGCUGGUUUUCAGCGCCGCGGUGCAGUAUGCGCUCUGCGUGUUCACCCCCGACGCCUCGUUGAUGAAGAUGGUGCCGCUAGACCUGGACCUGGGACGGGAGCAUUACCCGACCAGGAACGUGCGCUACGCCGCUACCCUCUACAACUUUGGCGUCUCCGUCUACGACAAGGUGGCCGAGACGAUCACGUCCUGCACGCGCUGCUCGCCGGAGGAGGCGCGCGCCGCCGCCGCCGCCGUCCGCAGGGAGGGCGUGGCCAUUCUGCACUACAGCGACUUUAACGGCGCCGACGAGAUGCGGAAGCGGCUGAAGCUGGACCAGCACCGCUCGCUGCGCCGCACGGAGAUCCACGUGGUGCACGCGCACGUGGUGGCGCACCAGCGGUUCGUGCUGCGGCUGGUGCGGCACCUGCGCCAGCUGCUGGAGGACCGGCCGGCGCUGCGACCCAUCUUCAGCGCCGUCAUGGCGGAGACGGUAGGAGGCUCCGGCUCCUUGCCGUGCCUCCUGGAGCGGCUCAUGGCGUGCGAUUCGCGACAAUGGAAGCAGAUGCGCCACGAGACCCACCUCCUGCUCAUACAGGGCAUGCUUAUGGACAUCGAGUCCAAGAAGUUCUUUGCUGAGGUGUUCACCAGCCGCUACCAGGAGCAGACGCUGGACUCGCUGCCGUGCCGGGUACAGGAGCAGGGCACGGUGCUGGACCUCUCGGUGCAGAUCUACACGGUGCCCUCCAUAGCGCACCACCUGCUGGCCCACCACAACGCCUUGGCCGUCGUCCUCGGCACCAUGGUGGACGAGUGCUCCACGUAUACACACGGAGGUCAGCUGGUCCUCCGUGACGUGUCCUCGGACGUGGACGCGCGGCGCCGGUUCGACCGCCAGCUCUCAUGCCUGAUGGACGCGCGCUACCUGCUGAGCGUGGUGCCCGACGAGCGGAGCGAGGCGGUGCGCGCCGGCGUGCGGCGCGGCCUGGACGCCUUGCUAGAGCUGCUCUUCUUCUGCGAGGGCAUGGAGCCGGUGGUGCGCGCGCAGACGGCGCACGUGCUGUACGACACGCCGUACGAGCUGCAGCUGACGGUGGCGGUCAGCCUGGCGCCGCUGGUGACCCAGCUGCUGGAGUGGUGCGCCGCCGACCGGCAGCUGCUCGUGUACGCCUACAGCGCCGUCCUGCGCAAGCUGCACGCGCGGCUGCCGCCGGACAAGUACUUCCGUCGUGACCGGGCCGCGCUGUUCGGCCGCUCGCUCAGCGUCAGCCAGUACACGGUCACCACCAUCCCGGUGUCGCUGGAGCUGCCACUUUCCCGGCUGUUCGCCGGCCUCCACCUGCACUUGGCCGCCCACGGCCUCAGCUACGGCAGCGCCGAGUUCGCCUCGCUGCCGGAGCGCGUCUCGCCGCUGCAGCUGCUCGAGCGGCCACUGCGCGCACUCGUGAUGGAUGCCCAGGUGCGCGCCGGCCAGUGGAAGCGGAACGGCCGCUCGCUCGAGGUCAUGUGCAGCUGGUACUCGCUCUCCAUGCAGGUGGUCGACAUGCGGGACCGCGACCUGCAGAUGGCGCAGAUCUGCGCCUCGCUGCUGGACAGCGACGAGUUCGUGACGACGCUCAUGUUCCGGCACGGCGCCAACCUGUACCUGACGGCCGGCGCCGAGGGGGCCAGGCUGGAGGACGGCGCCGACCGGGACAUGCGCGAGCACAUGGAGAACAACAUGGCCGACUUCCUGCUGCUGCUGAUCCACGUGUUCGGCGAACGGUUCCACCCGGGCGUCGGCGAGGUCACCAAGGAGCAGUGUGUGCAGAACGAGGUGAUCCAGUUCCUGUGCGUCAAGCCGAUGGCGCACUCGCAGGUGGCCAAGCGGCUGCCGGAGGCGGACGUCAGCCUGCUGGAGACGGCCGUGCACCAGGUGGCCGACUUCGCCGUGCAGGAGGACCACCGCGGCCUACGCACCUACCAGCUGAAGCCAGAGUACUACUCACGCUACAACUGCAUGUGGCACCACUUUUCGCGCCACGACCGCUCGCAGUCGGAGCGGCUGCAGCGCAAGAGGCGCCAGGAGACGGGCGACCCGUCGUGUCUGCCGCCGCCGUCGAUGCCGCCUUUCCAGCCGUCGCUGCGCGCGGUCAGGGGCGUGCUCGUCUGCCACACCACGCUGCACACCAUGCUGGCCGUGCUGAAGAGGCUGACGGAUGCCGAGCCGGCCGCCUUCUCCGAGGCCAUCUUCCAGCGCACGCUCUUCCUGAUCGGCAUGGCGCUGAACGAGGAGGAGCGUCAGGUGGGCCAGUCGGCCGCCUUCAGCUUCUCGGAGCCCGCCCACCAGGUCGGCCUCGACCGCGCCCUUCGUCAGAUGGUGGGCAGUCCUCGCGUCAGCUCCCACGCCGACCUCCUCGCCUGGGUGGUCGCCAAGCUGGACCGGCUGCUGGGCCGGGCGGCGGCCGGCGCCGUGGGCGCGGCCAGCGCCCCCGCCGAUGCCGGUGCUCCUGCCGACGCGGCCGCCCGGCGCGCGCGCAUCCUUGGCCAGAUGCAGGCGCAGCAGAAGAAGUUCAUUGCGCAGAACGUGGCGGCGCUGGCCGAGGAAGAGGAGCGGCCGGCGGCCGAGGGCGGCAGGCUGGCGGCGGCUGGCGGCGGCUCCGCCAUGGACCUGAGCGAGUGUGCCGGUGCCGAGGAGUGGCCCGUGUGUCUGGGGCCGCGGCAGACGGCGCGGCCGGCCACCGCCGCUGAGUACACCUGCAUCCUGUGCCAGGCCACCGAGCAGGUGUCCAGCACCCGCCCGGCCAUGGUGAUGGCCGCCUUCGUGCAGCUGUCGACUGUGCUAUCGCGCGACCGUUCGCCGGCCGGCGAGCCGCCCACGCUCUUCGUGCCUGCCAGCCUGCACCGGCUGCCGCACACCUCCAGCUGCGGGCACGCCAUGCAUGCCGCCUGCUGGAAGGCGCACUUCGACAGCGUAGCCAGGGAGCGGCGCAUCCACCCCAGGGUGCAUUACCUGUCCGGCUUCGACGUGCAGAAGCAGGAGUUCCUGUGUCCGCUGUGCCAGCGGCUGAGCAACACGGUGGUGCCGCUGGUGCCGGAUGGCACGCGCCGCCGGCCGGCCGGCGAGCGCCCCAGCGGGGACCACAUCUCCGUCUGGCUGACUGGUCUGCUGCACGCCAGCACUCUCUCGGCGAGGACUGCGCGCCUGUGUUUUGGGCGCUAG